GACUUCCUCAGCAAGAAGAAAGAGGUGGCGCAGGUCCUGGACCUGUCCAAGUCGAUCGCACGCACCAAGGAGGACCUGAAAAAGCUCCUGGACAAAGUGCCCGAGUUCAAGAGUAAGGCGGAGAAGAUCCGCGCGGACGACAUCAAGAUCCGCGACAAGGACUGGACGUUCAAGCCGACCAAGAAGGAUCUGCGCCACGUCUCCGAGUACACGUUCGCCAACCCCGUGCCGGCCGACAUGCGCCCCGUCAAGCUGGACGACCUCAUCUCGGUGCCCAUCGACUGGCGGAUGCUGACCACGCUGCGGCCCAGGACCAAGAUGGAGGAGGAGUUCUUCUCCAGGCUGAUCGAGCUGGGCAAGCUGACGCGCGCCACGCUGCAGUUCGAGCGGCAGCGCGAGGGCCCGCGCAGCACGUACGCCGCCACGUCGUCGUCCUGGGUGAAGCGCUUCAAGUCGCGCAGCGGCGUGGUGGAGACCAAGGCGACCACGUGCUCGCAGUGCGGCGACGAGUUCUGCGACUCGACGGCCUGCAAGCUCUUCACGUACGACUGCUUCGUGCGCUCGAGCAUGCUGCCCGGCGGGGCGGGCGGCGCCGGCGACAAGGGCGGUUCGGGUGGUGCGGCCGGUGCGGGCGACAAGGGCGCCGGCGGCAAGGACAAGGCCGGCCGCAAGAAGAGGCGCCGCGCCGGGGCCAAGAGCGCGAAAGCGCCCUCCUCCCAGCCGGCCAGCAGGCGCGCCAGCCCCAGCAAGAAGACGCGGUCCGCGGGCGGCGGCGGCGGUGGAGGUGGCGGCGGCGGGCGCGCGCGCGCCGCGAGCGAGGACCGGAGGCGGGACGCGAGCCGCCACCGCAGCGCCAGCGCGCCGCCAGCGUCCAAGAGGGCGGCGUCUCGCGGCCACAGCAAGAGCGCCAAGAAGUAGUUGCAGCAGCAGUCAGGAUGCCGUCCCGUCCGUAAAGCACGUCGUAGCAGUGUGUAGAGUAGUGUGGUCUAGUGCUGUACUCGCAUUACUCCCGAAAUAAAACUGCAAGCGUAGCCUCA